AUGGCAGCGCUGGCUCUGGUCCUGGUGUUCUGGGACUGGGGCCUGAGCCCCGGGGCGGCCCUGGACGCCAUGGGCCCUCACGCGGCCAUCCGCCUGGCCGAGCUGCUCACUCCAGAGGAAUGCGGCCAUUUCCGCUCGCUGCUGCAGGCGCCCGAGCCCGACGUGGAGGCCGAGCUGGCCAGGCUUUCGGAAGAGCGGCUGGCGCGGCCCAGGCCCGUGAAGCCCACGGUAGGGUCUCCGGCCCGGCUGCGGCGGCGGCAGCGGCGGGAGGCCCCGGGGGACCGGGAGGAGGUGUCCGACGGCUGCCGGGAGGCGCUGGCGGUGUGGCUGGCUGCCGAGGCCCCGUCCCUGUCGUGGGACCGCGUGGCCCGCGCCCUGCGGCGCUGCGGCCGCCCGGACGUGGCCCGGGAGCUGGGCAAGAACCUGCACCAGCAGGCAACGCUGCAGCUGCGCAAGUUCGGGCAGGGCUUCCUGGCGCCGCCGCCUCCGGGCCCCGCCGCGCCCUCGGCCCCCGUGCCGGCCCUGCGCUCCCGGCGCUCCCCGGAGCCCGACUGGGACGAGCUGGAGCUGAUCCUGGAGCGCCUGCCGCAGCCCCCGUACGAGCGGAGCCCCGCGGGCUGGGUCCCGCCGCUGGCGCUCGGCCUGCUCGGCGGCUUCGCCGGGGCGCUGGGCGCGGCGGCGCUGGCGCUCCUGCUCACGCUGCGGGUGACGGGCGGCGACGACGACCACCCCGGCUGGCCCCGCAGCCCCGGCCCGCUCGCCGCUUCCAGGCGCAGAUCCGCCAAGGCGCGCGGCUCGUGCGAAGCUCAGCCGCUGCUGCACGUGUCGCCGGCGGGGCGGGCCCGCUCGGCUUGGGCUGCGCGGCGACCCGAUGCCCCGGCUCCUCCAUGCCCUCGGCCGUGA